CAGCAUUAUCAGCAGCACCAUUGUAAACAUCACAUCCGCAAUUUUUUAUUUGGCUCAAGCGGGUUUGUUUCAAAAAUAUCGCGGAUACCGUUUUCCAUACGAAUGCCUUGCCUUCCCAUCCCCGCAGCGCGCCCAUGAGUCAGGAUGAUUCGCUCGGCGCGAGAGUGCAGAGCAGGCGAAAUUCCAGGGAGCUGGAGGUCGGUAUCCACUCUGCGUUGACGGAGUCUGGCAAGGUAUCCAGGCGAAGUUCCAAGGAGCUGGAGGAGGCGAGCCUGCUGAAGGAGUCCCGAGAGCCGGGCAAGAAGUUGUCCUACGGCUCGGCGUUGUCUUGGAAGAGUCGCGAGCCCAGGCGGCAUACGACGCACAACGAGGAUUACCUGAGGUCUGUCGCCGAGACGUGGACCCCGGAGUCGAGCCGCGGGACUGCUGGAUUCUGGGUUGUCGUCAUCUCCGCUUUCGCAAACAUAGGCCCUGUGGGGGUACUGGUGGUAAGCCGCCCCGCCGGCGGUAUCGUGGUUUCGUUGCUGUUCUUCCUGGUGUUCGGCCUGCUCAGCUUCUUCGGCGCCUCCCUCGUCGGCGGCGCCAUGCAGCUCUCCGGCUGCAACACGCUAGCGGAGAUUUGGCAGACGACCAUCGGGCGACGCACGGCCUGGAUCCCAACGGUCUGCACCGCGCUGACUUGCUUCAGCAUUUGCAUAGGCUACGCGGGCCUGUCGGGGCACAUGCUCGCCGACGCCCUGAGCGCGAAUCCGUUCCCGCAGGUCUUCUCGUCGUCGGAGAAUUACUGGGUGGUGCUGAUUGCGGUGUUCCCUCUCUCGUUCCUGGUCAUGCUGAAGGACGUAUCCCAGAUGUGGUACAGCACCGUGGUCGUCGGUUCGUCUACACUGUUUUUUGUUGUGGUUGUGGUGGUGCGUUUUUUUGACGCCAGCUACGAGCCAGGCAAUGAGUUCAUUGACAAGCAUCAGUGGAUAGACCGCGUCCACAGCAAGUGGCAAAAUCUAUAUUGCUAUCACGAACACGGGGUGCAGCUCUUGAGCAUCCAGUCCGUUCUUUUACUCAUGCACUUCAACGCGGCCAAAUACUUCAGGGAGCUGAGCGGUUCGCACAAGCACCUGUUCUCCGCAGGGGUGGGUCUGGCAAUGGGCAUGGGCUUUCUUGCGGUGGCCGUCACCAUGGUAAUUUGUUUCCUGACCUUCGGCGACACUGCGCACCUGAUCACCCUGGACAACUACGCCAGCAACGACCAGCUGGCCGUCGCCGCCCGCGUGGCGCUGAGCGUGGGGCUCGCGGGCUGCUUUCCGCUGAUCUUCGCGGCGAUGCGCGAGGCGCUGGUAGAGCUGCUGGCAAGCAUGAUGCCGGAGUGGGACUUCGCUUUCAGCAAGGUCGCCUUCCAGAACGUACUCAGCCUUUUUUUGCUCACUGCGGUCGUCCUGACAAGCACUUCGGCACACAAGAUCGACGCGAUGGCCGUCAACUUCGGCCGCACAACCGCCGGCACCCUUCUCAUCUACGUCAUCCCCGCGGUCCUGUGGGUGUCCACCCACCGCACCUUCGUGGCCAGCAAGAUGAGGGCGCACCAGACGGCCGGUGCGGUCGUCCUCGUCGCCGUCGGCGUGUCCCUCGCGGUGCUGAGCCCUGUCGUCUGGCUGACGCGCAUCGACUCGAGGUUCGGCUCCAUGGGGCCUCCGGACGUGAGCGGCGCAGAGGCUCAGGCGCUGCAUGACCGCUCCAACCACUCCCAGUGGUGGUGAUGCCGACCCAAGAGAAUAUGGGAAAAUGUGGGGAGUCUCUUUUUGUUCGUGUGCAUUUAUCUGUGUGCCCCAGGGCCCCUUCCUACUGAGCGCUCCCACCGCUCCCGGUGGCGGUGAGGGCCGCUGGCCCGCCUCCGCCUCCCGCGCGCGCGAGGAGUUGCGCCGAGGCCGGCGCCCUGGCAUGGGCCUGGGAGCACCCACCAGCGCGCGGCACCCGCCAGCGCGCGGAGCCAGCGCUUUCGCGAGCGCUGCGUCGGUUGGCAGUUUCUGGAAGCUGCUCGGCGCUCCAUCGCUCGGGGGCGGAAAAGAGGGGGGUGAUGAC